UUCCAACCGAGGCUGAGCUGAUCCCAAAUAUCCAAUAUGGCUCAGAAAACUCUCUAAGAAUUGCUGGAACAAUAUAAUUCUGCUUGUAGCUUUGAAGGUGAUGUAAACAACAAAUUCUAAGAACUUGUACAUGAACAAUAUCCAGAUGAAAGGAGUUUCACAAGGAAAAGGUCCUGAGGGAAGCUCUGCCCAACACAGAGCACAUUCACCUAAUAAUGAUCCCUCUGAAGAUGGAAAUUCAGGAGAUAGAGCUGACCCCAGCUCUCAAGGUGACCUCAAACUGCUUGAUGGGGAGAAAACCCAAGCAAAUGCAAAAGAAGUUACCUAUUUAUGUCCCUUCUCUGGACCAGUACGUGGUACACUUCAGAUUACAAAUUACAGGCUUCACUUCAAGGCAGAUGAUGACCCACCCUUUACAGUAGAAGUACCUCUUGGUACCAUUUAUCGAGUAGAAAAGAUUGGUGGGACCACCAGUAGAGGUGAAAAUGCCUAUGGUCUGGAACUGUACUGCAAGGACAUGAGAAAUCUACGUUUUGCACACAAGCAAGAGAAUCACUCCAGACGAAUAAUCUAUGACAAGCUUAUGAUUUAUGCAUUUCCUGCAACAAAUUCAAAGCCUUUCUUUGCCUUCUCCUACAAAGAAAGAUUUGAUAUCAAUGGAUGGGAUAUCUACGAUCCAGAAAAAGAGUUUCAAAGACAGAAUGUACCCAAUGAGUGUUGGCAAAUCACAAGAAUCAAUGAAAAAUAUGAGCUGUGUGAUACCUAUCCUGCUCUGUUUGCAGUACCUGCUUCUGUGUCAGAUGAAGAUUUAAAGAAAGUUUCUGCAUUCCGUAGCAGAGAGAGAAUUCCAGUACUCUCCUGGGUGCAUCCAAAGAACUCUGCUUCUAUUACUCGAGCCAGUCAGCCUAACGCUGGUCUUGUUGGAAAAACCAGAAACAAAGACGAUGAAAAAUAUUUUCAGGCCAUUCUAGAUACCAAUGCGAGAGGACACAAGCUGAUCAUCAUGGAUGCAAGGCCUAAGAUAAACGCUCUGGCAAAUCAGGCUAAAGGAGGAGGGUACGAAAUGCAAGAGAAUUACCAGAACACAGAGUUAGUUUUCUUGGAUAUUGCAAACAUUCAUGUCAUGAGAGAAAGCUUGCGUAAACUUAAAGACAUCUGUUAUCCUACAAUUGACGAUGUUCACUGGCUCACAAACCUGGAGGGCACUCAUUGGCUGGAUUACAUCAAGGUCAUUCUUUCUGGUGCAGUUAAAAUAGCUGAUGCCGUGGACAGAUGUCGCAUGUCAGUAGUUGUGCACUGCAGUGACGGCUGGGAUAGAACGUCGCAGCUUACCGCCCUCGCUAUGCUUCUUCUUGAUCCUUUCUACAGAACCAUUGAAGGAUUUGAGGUUCUGAUUGAGAAAGAGUGGACAAGUUUUGGGCAUAAAUUUCAACAGCGUUAUGGCCACGGAGACAAGAAUCACGCAGAUGACCAGCGCUCGCCAGUAUUCCUUCAGUUCAUAGAUUGUGUGUGGCAAGUCACCAAACAGUUUCCCUGUGCUUUCGAGUUCAACGAACAUUUCUUGAUAACUGUGUUGGAUCAUCUUACAAGCUGCUUGUUUGGUACUUUCUUGUACAACUCAGAGUACCAAAGAGUUAAAGAGGACGUGAAAGUUAAGACUGUUUCUCUGUGGACUUACAUUAACACACGUCUCAUGGAGUUUAAGAAUCCCUUGUAUGCUCCACAUCUUCAUCAGCAUGUUUUGUUUCCUGUUGCUAGUAUGAGAAGACUGGAUCUGUGGACUCGCUAUUACAUUCGCUGGAAUCCCACAAUGCAACCGCAGGAAUCUGAGGAGCAGAGAAGCCGAGAGUUACAUUUCCUCUGUGAGCAGCUUCGCCAGAAGUGCGAGGAACUGGAGCGAGAAAUCUUGGCUCGUACAUCAGUUGAAGUACCUUCCACUCCUGAUGCCAUGUCUGUCAAUAGCAACCAAUCACAGCAGUGGGCCCAGUCCUCGGCGGUCUGACACAUUAAACUGCGGCAAUGGUUGUGUGCAGAGCCCGCGAAUAAACGGUGGCUAUUUCUACGGAAGUCUGCCAUGGCCGUUUUAGCCGUUCUAUUUUAAUAUGAAUUAUGUUACCACAAACAUGUGGUGUAUUUUUUUCGUCGUCAAAUGUUAUAAAUUUCCUUUCGAAUGCCAUAGUUGGCGUUUUCUCUGAUGAAAGGUCAGAUAACAUUGUUUGCACCAGAGUCCCAUUCAGAUUUACGUUUCUCAGACAAGCGAAAAAUGAACAGUAAAUGAAUCAAUAGACUGUACUUUUAAUUUUUAAUAAAAUACGUUCUAUGAAGGUGACAUAA